AUGGACGGCGACGAUUACGUGCUGACGCCGUUGACCGCCGAGGACGACGACGGAGCGCCGCCGGAGCCCGGGCGCAAUGACGGCGACGACGCCGUAGUGGCGGCCGAGGACUACGUACAAUCGCUGGUCACCAUCGAAUCCAAUUGGGCCAACGGUAAGAUUUCCCGCGUUGUUUUUACCGUGUGAUGGUUUUUCGUGUUAUUUUUUAUAGCGCGUGUCUGUAUAAUAUGCUUUUUUUUUUUAUAACACGAGCACACACUCGGUGCAUAAGCGCGGCAGAUCGCCGCCGCGUGUUAUCGCACUGCGACGAUCGAGGAUUAUGA